AUGGUCGCACCUAGAGCCGGCGGCUCCCAAGGCUCCUCCACCGGAGCCCCUGGUAUCCCCGUGCCCAUGCAAGAUACCCGAUCGCACUACGACCCCGUCACGACCGGGUACAACCCUGCCACGGGCGCUGCAUAUCACAAGCCAUCGGUAGAUCAGCCACAAGAAGGUAGCUACAAUCCGAACGCACCGUCAAACAGCUACGAUCAGACCGCAGGACAAGACGAUCGCAUCCAGUAUGCGCCGAGUACCGUGCAGCGGCCUGAGCUGGAAGAGGCGGCCGCGACGUCGAAGACGGAUAGAGCGUCGGAGUCGAGGGCGAGGAGUGCUAGCGAGGAUGUUGGAAAGACGGUGAAGGGGGUCGGGGCGAGUGUUCAUGGUGCUGGAGAGACGCUUCGGGGGGCUCUCAAUGCUGUUGUUGACCGGGCAUUUGGAUCGGAUGAGAGUGCUGCGCGCAACGAGGAAAUUGCACGUCGAGGCGAAGGGGAGAUUCGGACGGGCGAGUUUUCCAAGGGGGAACCCCGGAGUCGGUAA